GGAGAAGGUCACACUGUUCAGUGUGGGCACACUGCUCGCAAAUUUGUCCGCUUUUUUCAUUUAAAAACCAUUUUGUUUGAUUAUUUGUCGUAUUUGUUAGUGCUAAAUAUCUCCGACUUGACAAGAUGCGUCCGCCAGAGUUCAAGCUUAGCAAUCCGCCCGAGGACCUGAUUUCGGCGGUGAAGUUUGGCCCCAAAUCGAACCAGUAUAUGGCGGCGUCCUCCUGGGACGGCACCUUGCGCUUCUACGAUGUGGCGGCAAACCAGAUGCGUCAGAAGUUCCUUAAGGAAGCGCCUAUCCUGGACUGCGCCUUCAUGGAUAUUGUGCACGUGGUGAGCGGCUCCCUGGACGGGCAGGUGCGCCUGUUCGAUGUGAACACGCAGGCGGAGAGCGUUGUGGGGGCGCAUGAGGAGCCCAUCAGGUGCGUGGAGUACGCCGAGUUUGUAAACGGCAUCCUCACCGGCAGCUGGGACAGGAGCAUCAAGCUAUGGGAUAUGCGCGAGAAGCGCUGCGUCGGCACCUACGAGCAGAACAACGGCAAGGUCUACUCCAUGUCCGUCAUCGACGAGAAGAUCGUAGUGGCCACCAACGAUCGCAAGGUGCUCAUCUGGGACCUGCGCAAAAUGGACAGUUACAUCAUGAAGCGCGAGUCCUCACUGAAAUUCCAGACCCGCUGCAUUCGGCUGUUCCCCAACAAGGAGGGCUACGUCAUGUCCUCCAUCGAGGGCCGCGUGGCUGUCGAGUAUUUGGAUCACGAUCCGGAGGUGCAACGCCGCAAAUUCGCCUUCAAGUGCCAUCGCAACAAGGACAAUAACGUUGAGCAAAUCUAUCCUGUAAAUGCGCUGAGUUUCCACAAUGUCUAUCAGACCUUCGCCACUGGCGGCUCCGAUGGCAUCGUGAACAUCUGGGACGGGUUCAACAAGAAGCGUCUGUGCCAGUUCCACGAGUACGACACCUCCAUUUCCACGCUUAACUUCAGCAGCGAUGGCAGUGCCUUGGCCAUCGGCUGCUCCUACAUGGACCUGUUCUCUGAGGCGCCCGCCACGGUGCCACAUCCGGCUAUCUACAUACGUUAUCCAACGGACCAGGAAACCAAGCAGAAGUAAUCUUGUAACUACAUAUUUUAUUAUUAAAUAUAUGACUUAAGACUUGA